ACCAUAGAACUCGUCCUUAGCAUUCCAGCUAGGGAUGAGAAUUUCACCCAAACUCAAUGGAUCCUGAUCUGAAUUUGCCUAAAUGGAGAUGAGUAUUUUUGCCUAUUCAAACUCCGGUAAUACCUGAAAUGAAAAAAAAUCAGAUUUGGAUAGGCUAUGGAUAUUACUCUACCCUACCCGAGUCCCGAUUAAGACAAUUACAUUUAUGCCCCCUAUAUAUUCGGAGCAAAAAAUAGGGUAUCUCAGUUAACUCUGCAGGCAAUCUUCCCUUUUUUCUCUACCCCUCUCGCUCUCUUCAGUGUUCCGUCUUUUCCAAUCUCCGGUAGCAGCAGAUCUGCCGGCGGAAGCAAGUCAGCAACACCACCAGCGAGUCUGCACCUAAGGUACAUUUUGCAGCACCCCUAGGCCUCAGCAGCAGUCCAUAUAAGCACCCUUCUCUUGUAUCUCCUUUGCAAAGUUCACUUCUUUCUUAAAAUCGACAGUCACGUGCGGUAAAAUUGAGUAGAAAGGAGAUCCAUUUCCUUUGUCGCAUCUUUAAGGGAGCGUUUUCGCAGCUCAUAAGUCACUGCACCGUGAAGAUUCAUUGAUUAGAUUGAACCUAGCGGGAAAAAGUCAUUUUGCAAAGUCCUUGCUCCGAUCCGGCACCCAGCCCCUCUCUCUCUCAUUGAAGCUAGGCAAGAUAAUAAGGUUAUAAUUAGAAGGGAAAAGAAAAGAAAACAAAAAUCAUGGCAAGCAGCAGCCUUAGAAAUGCAAAGAUCAAGACAAAUAGUUGCAAACGAAUAGUGAAGGAGCUGCGUUCCUAUGAGAAAGAGAUUGAGAGAGAAGUUGCUAAAACAGCUGAGAUGAAGGACAAAGGAGCUGACCCUUAUGACCUUAAGCAACAGGAAAAUGUGCUGGCUGAGUCGAGGAUGAUGAUUCCAGAUUGUCGUAAACGCCUAGAGGCUGCCUUGGCUGACCUGAAAGCAAUUUUGGCUGAAUUAGAAGAAUCUGAUCAGAAGGAAGGCCCAGAAAUUGAGGAUGCCAGAAACACUAUUGCUGAGGUUGAACAGUUGUUUCUAACAACUGAUGCUUAGCGUCUAUUGAAUGUAGAGAGCUUGACAUUAAUGGUAUGAAUUUGCAUGGUUUGUUUCCCUGAGCAUGUAUUGCUACCUUGAUGGGUGUUGGAAUUUGUUUUCUGCAAACCUAAUCUCUUGCUGAAAUAUGCUUGUUGAAGAAUGUUAUUACAUGAAAUUUGUGUCAUUACUCGUUCAGGAUAACAACCUGUUACUUCUAGGUAUUACAAUUGCAAUAAGAUCUGCCGCCUCCUAAUUUUACCA